AUGGUUUACAGGCAGGCCUUUGUGGCCGGAAUCAUCUCCUCUAACGCCUCCUGUCCUAGUGAACUCGGCAGCGAGCUAGGAUCCGGACCGAAUGCCGGUAACAAACUAGCUCCUUACCAAAGGUCCAACAUCGACAUCAACGUUACAAACCAUUACAGCUCCAAGGUCUAUACAUCUUCCUCACCUAUCGUUGGCGAUGUCACCAUCACAACCAAGCGAGAUGUUCGUUUCGACUCCAUCGAAAUCAUCCUGAUCGGAAACACAAGGACAAGGACAGAGGGUGUGAACUCACCCGCCGAGAUUGCACAUACCUUCCUCAAGCUGGUCAUGCCCAUUCCAUCAUCAACAUAUCCGGUGCCGAGGGUGUUGGAGAACGGCAGGACAUUGACAAUCCCCUUCAACUUCGUCAUCCCAAACCAACUGACCAUCGGUGCCUGCAACCACAACGUGCAAACCGACCAAGUGCGAGAUCAGCAUGUUCUGCUACCACCAAGCAUGGGGAAGGAGUGGGAGAAGGACGACAUGUCACCUACCAUGGCCUCAGUUGAAUACAUUAUCAAAGCCAGGGUAUUUCGCCAGCCGAACGUGGGAGGAAAGCGGGUCAGGAUCAUGGAAGCUAGAAAGUCCAUCCAGGUGCUGCCCGCUUCGCCCGAGGAACCGCCUCUCAACAUCACCGAAAACGACAAGCUCUACUGCAUGUACAAGAAGAAGUCCCUACGGAAAUUACUCUCCACCAAAAUCGGAACCCUGACCGCCGAAGCCAUCCAGCCACGGGCCGCCAUCCUCCAACCCAACGGUCGAACACUGACCUCCAUCCCCAUGGCCCAGAUCCGACUCAAGUACGAGCCCACCUCAGCAUCGCAACAACUCCUCACUCCACCCACGAUCACCAACAUCUCCGGCAAGGUCACCGCCCACACCUUCUAUAAUUCCGGCACGGUGCCUACGUUCCCUAACAUGGGUGACUGGACUGCAGAUUUCUCGACAGAAAAGCGCGGAGUUUAUUCGACUUCCGUGCCGCUGCGCAAGAUCUCCGUGGCCCAGCAGCCGACCUGGCACCAGCACCAUUACUCGCUCGAGAGGCGAGAUUCUGGUUACGCCAGCGAUUUCAGCACCCCUCGGUAUCACAACAACAGUUCCUCCGAAGGCGAAACCACCCCCGGUACCGACACCGAAAACCGCCAACUUACAACCCAACUACCACCAUCACCAACCCCGAAACCAACCAAGUCCUCCUCCUCCUCCUCCUCCUCCUCAAAGAAAUCCAAAUCCUCCUCCGGAUCACCAAUCUUCUUCACCACAACCCUCCCUGUCCCCAUCCCCCUCGACUUGCCGCUCGACAAACGGACCUUCAUCCCGACCUUCCACUCCUGCAUCGCCUCGCGCGUCUACACCCUGACGCUCUCCAUCACGGCUUCCGUUUCAGCUUCAGGCAGCGCCAGCACCACGUUCUCCUUGACCAUGCCGCUGCAAGUAGCGGUGGAAUGGGAUCCUACCCAACAGGAAGAGCAGAGGGUGGAUGGUCAGGGCUUACCGCAUUUUGAGUCGUUGUAUGGUGGUACUUAUGGUACUUAUGGGACUGGUAUGGGGAUGGGGAUGGGGAUGGUGACGAGCCAGGAAGAAGAAGAGGCGGAGGGGGCGGAUGCGGAUGCGCAUUUGCGGCCGAGGGUCAUUGGGCUGCCGCCCGAUGAGUGGUAUCGGGAGAGGAGCGAGAUGCAGAUGCCAAUGCAAAUGCAGAGGACGGGGCAGAUGGAGGGAAUAAGGGGAAUGGGAAGGCAAAGGGAGACAGGUAGUGGUAGUCAGGGACGGGAGGUGAGAGUGGAUGAAGGAGGGGGGUUGCCAGGGUAUGGGGAGGCCAUUCUUACGAGGUGA